AUGGACCUGAGACCCUCCAGUGGACUGUCACCUAUCAUCCAAGGAGCUCUUUAUGUGCCGCUGCUGGUUGGGUUUAUUCUGCCAUCUCGCUCAGAGACCAUGCCCAGCUUUAUCCGGUCCCCGGAUGAUCAGACAGGGAUUUCUGGCGGAGUGAUCUCCUUCAUCUGUCAGGCUGUGGGUGAGCCCAGACCUCGCAUCACUUGGACCAAAAAGGGGAAGAAAGUCAGUUCUCAGCGCUUCGAGGUAAAGGAGUUUGAUGGCGGAUCUGGCUCUGUUCUGCGUAUCCAACCUUUGAGGACCAACCGGGAUGAAGCCAUUUAUGAAUGUAGAGCCACCAACAGCGCGGCAGAAAUCACUGCCACUGUCCAGCUGAAUAUCUUAGAGGAGGACCAGAUACCACAUGGGUUCCCUACCAUUGACAUGGGGCCCCAGCUGAAGGUUGUGGAAAGGACAACUACUGCCACAAUGUUAUGUGCAGCCAGUGGGAACCCUGACCCAGAGAUCUACUGGUUCAAAGAUAUGCUUCCUGUGGACACCAGCAGUAGCAAUGGGCGAAUCAAACAGCUGCGUUCAGGUGGUACACCAAUAAGAGGAGCUCUUCAAAUCGAGAACAGCAACAUGUCAGAUGAGGGCAAGUAUGAGUGUGUGGCGGUGAACAGCGCUGGGACUCGGUUUUCCAGUCCAGCUAACCUUUAUGUUCGAGAUCAGCGAGAAGUUCGCCGUGUGCCUCCUCGUUUCUCCAUCCCCCCCACCAGUCAGGAGGUGAUGCCUGGCGGCUCUGUUAACCUGACCUGUGUGGCAGUUGGCUCGCCAAUGCCCUUUGUAAAGUGGGUGAGUGGUGAAGUUGAGCUGUCCCAGGAGGACCACCUUCCUGUUGGCCGUAACAUCCUGGAGCUCACAAAUAUCCACCAAUCUUCUAACUACACAUGUGUGGCCAUAUCCGACCUGGGUAUCAUCGAUGCCACAGCACAGGUCUUUGUCAAAGGUGAGAAACAAGACUGGAUGCCAUCUCAGGGGUCCCUACAAACUAACUUUAUGAUGAUUAAACCAACAGAACCUAAAACCACCUUCAAAAAGGGCCGAGAUUCUGACAGACUGCAUCAUGUCACUUUCAGUGCAGCAGGUUCCUAUGCUGUUGAUGAUCUAAAGCCAGACACUCAGUACUCAUUUUCUCUAGCGGCCCGAUCUGCGAGAGGUUUGGGAGUUUUUACUCAGCCGGUUGAAGCCAGGACCACCCAGUCCAUGCUCGGAGCUCCUCCCAGGAAGGUGGCUGCAGUAGUCCUGAACUCUACAGCCAUCAAGGUCACCUGGAAGCCUCCUUUAUCAGUGAAGCAUCAUGGGGAAAUUGAAGGGUACCGUCUUAUCUGCUCAAGGUUGAAGAAUGGAAAACCUUAUGGCCAGCAGAUUGACAUGGAUAUUUCAGGCCUUGAAAACCAGCAUGCCAUUGUUUCUUCUCUGCUCCCUGAGACUUUGUACUCUGUGACCCUGGCUGCCUACACCACUAGGGGGGAUGGAGCCCCCAGCAAGGCCAGGGUGGUGAUGACCAAAGGACCUGUGCCUGGAAAGCCCAUUAUGAUGAUCAGUACAAUGACCGGCAACACCGCUUUGAUCCAGUGGCAGCCUCCCAAUGAAAUCGUGGGGGAGCAUGUUGGAUACCAGCUGCAGUACAAGAGAACCGAUGAGGAAACUUUCACUGUCAGAGACUUCAGAAAGGCUGACGAUCAUUUUACAGUCACUGGCCUCCAUAAAGGAGCCACUUAUAUCUUCAAACUGUCUGCUAAGAACCAAGUAGGCACAGGGGAGGAGUAUGAAAAGGAGAUAAGUACCCCUGAAGAUGUUCCCAGCAGCUAUCCUCAGAAUCUGAGCGUGAUAGGCCUAACUUCUACAUCCACCCAGCUGUCCUGGGAUCCCCCUCCUCUGGCCGAGAGGAACGGAAAGAUCCUUAAAUACGUAGUGAUUUAUCGAGAUAUUAACAGCCAGCACAACAACACGAACAGCACCUCAGAAACCCAGAUGACAGUCCAGGAUCUUCAGCCGGACACAACCUAUGACUUUAGAGUUCAAGCUUUCAACAGCAAAGGAGGAGGGCCUUCCAGUCCCAGCAUCCAGAGCAGGACUGUGUCCCCAUCCAUGUCAGUGUUUACCAAGAAUUUUGAUGUGAAAUUUGUAACAAAAUCGUCUGUCCUCCUGACGUGGGAGCUGUCAGAAACAGUCACAUCUGAGGUCCGUCUUAAGAUUUUGUAUGGUCAGCAGAGUGUGGAGGUUCAGGGCCACCUGAAAAAAAAGUUGAUCUCACAGCUCCAAUCAGACAUGGAAUAUUCCUUCAGAAUGAUGAGCCAAGAGAACGGUGCCGGAGGCCUCCAGCAGCAGGUUUCCAUCCGGACCGCUCCAGACCUGCUGUCUACAAAACCAACUCUAUACCAGCUCAAUCAGGAGGAAGAUAGAAUGACAGUCAUCCUGCCAGAAGUCCCGCCUGAAGCUCAUGUAAGGUGCUUCUACAUAGUGGUUGUUCCUGAAAGUCAGGUCUCCCUGAACAGAUGGGAAAACCCUGAAUACAUGGACCUACAGGAGAUUAGUGUAUUGUAUAUAUAUAUUUUUUGCAGCAAACAGGAGAGGAAACGAACAACUCCAGCUAAGGAUGAAUACACGUUAGGGAUGAAAGAUUCACUGAUGGCUCUCACUGCAGACCCUGUGGAGAUUAGGAGACUCAACUAUCACACACAAGGGAUGAAGGAACAUCCUCCUAUUUUUAUUUGUGACUUAGUGGACCACAUUGAGAGACUCAAGGCCAAUAAUGCUCUGGGCUUUUCACAGGAAUAUGAGUCUAUUGAUCCAGGACAGCAGUUCACCUGGGAGAACUCCAACCUGGAAGUCAACAAGCCUAAGAACCGCUAUGCAAACGUUAUUGCUUAUGACCACUCCAGGGUCAUCCUUACUCCUGUGGAUGGAGUUCCAGGUAGCACCUACAUUAAUGCUAACUACAUAGAUGGCUACAGGAAGCAAAACGCUUACAUCGCCACCCAAGGGCCUCUGCCAGAGACCCUCUGUGACUUCUGGAGGAUGGUGUGGGAGCAGAGGACCUCCACCAUCGUUAUGAUGACCUGUUUGGAGGAGAGAUCACGGAUUAAGUGUGAACAAUAUUGGCCCAGUCGAGGUACAGAGACAUAUGGAAUGAUUCAGGUGACUAUACUGGACACUGUGGAGCUGGCUACUUACGUCAUGAGAACAUUCACCUUCUACAAGAAUAGCUCUGGAGAGAAAAGAGAAGUCCGGCAGUUCCAGUUUCUGGCCUGGCCGGAUCACGGCGUGCCUGAGUUUCCCUCCACAACACUUGCCUUUCUUCACAAGGUCCAGGUCUGCAGUCCUCCAGAUGCUGGACCCAUUGUUGUCCACUGCAGCGCUGGUGUAGGCCGUUCGGGCUGCUUCAUUGUCAUAGACGCCAUGUUGGAGAGGCUGAAGCACGAGAAGUCAGUGGAUGUUUACGGUCAUGUGACAUGUAUGCGCGCUCAGAGAAACUACAUGGUCCAAACAGAGGAGCAGUACAUGUUCAUCCAUGAAGCCCUGCUGGAAGCUGCAACAUGUGGGAACACAGAGGUCACCACCCGCAACCUGUACGCCCACCUCCAGAACCUGAGCCAGAUCCCUCCUGGAGAACCACUCUCUGCCAUGGCACAGGAGUUUAAGAAACUAACAUCUACAUCGAGCUAUAAAUCCCAAACUGCAAGAUUUCUGAGUGCCAACCUGCCGUGUAACAAGUUCAAGAACCGCCUGCUCAACAAUUUGCCUUUUGAAUCCACCCGCGUCUCCCUGCAGCCAAUCAGAGGAGUGGAAGGCUCUGACUACAUCAAUGCCAGCUUCAUUGAUGGAUACAGGCACCAGAGAGCAUAUAUUGCCACGCAGGGCCCAUUAGCUGAAACCUCAGAGGACUUGUGGAAAAUGUUGUGGGAACAUAACUCCACCAUCGUGGUCAUGCUCACCAAACUGCACGAAAUGGGACGGGAAAUGUGCCAUCAGUACUGGCCAGCUGAGCAUUCUGCCCGCUAUCAGUAUUUUGUUGUGGAUCCAGUGGCUGAAUACAACAUGCCCCAGUACAUCCUGAGAGAGUUUAAAGUCACAGAUGCCAGGGAUGGCCAGUCACGGACCAUCAGGCAGUUCCAGUUCACAGACUGGCCGGAACAAGGAGUGCCCAAAACUGGGGAGGCUUUUGUCGACUUUAUUGGCCAAGUUCAUAAAACUAAAGAGCAGUUUGGGCAGGAUGGUCCAAUCACUGUGCACUGCAGUGCGGGUGUUGGACGGACCGGUGUGUUCAUCACCAUCAGCAUCAUGCUGGAGCGGAUGAGGCAUGAAGGAGUGGUUGACGUCUUCCAGACUGUGAAGAUUCUUCGAACCCAGAGGCCAGCCAUGGUCCAGACAGAGGACCAGUACCUACUAUGCUACAGGGCUGCUCUGGAGUACCUGGGAAGCUUUGAUAACUAUGCAAUGUAACCUGGC